CUCAGACAGAGAUGAAUCACUGCACAUUCUCCGCAUGUCUAGAGGAGGAGUUUCUCAAUGAGUCUCACCUGAAGAAUGACAAGAACCGAGACCAGAGAAACACCAACGACAAGAUGUCCAGAAGAGUGGAGGUGAUCAUCAACUCCUCAGCUCCGCAGGAUCAGGCCGAGGCUCCUCUUCAGAUCACAGAGUCGAAGCCCGGAGAGCAUCCAGGAGUGAAGGGCUUCUUAAUGAUCAAGCCGGCGGUGCUGGGGUGGCUGGAGAUCCUGACCGGUGCCGGUGUGUUUGGACUCGUAUAUUGGAAUUACACUCUCUGGUUGUUAAUACCGGCUUGCUUUGUGAUUUUAAUAGGAGUUAUAACUGCUACAGCUGCAUGCACCCACAACCCGUGUCUGGUGAUCACUUCUCAAGUGCUGAAUCUGCUCAAUGUCUGCAAUGUGGUGACGGCCGUCCUCGUGUUUUUCGUCAGAGUCUUCUUUGUGUUUCUUGGAGAUAUUGUUGGAGCUGUUCUGCGCACUCAUUUUCUGAGCGGCCGCUCUGAGAGCUCUUCUUCUCAGACUGCAAACAUCGCCUUCAUCGCCUGUAAUGUCCUGGCACUCAUCUUCUCUCUUAUCAUCAUCGGGACGUCGUGCUGCUGGUGUAGAUCGAGAAAGCGUCUGAUGGUGAUCCACAUGAACGCAGCUUCACCUGCAGCGCUCAGUGAUGACGUGGAUUAUCCGUGUCCAGAACUUUCACCGCCAGCCUAUAGUCCGGUUCCGUCUUCAGAUCCGCCGGCCUAUGAGGAGGAGCGACGCUCGACUCUUUCUGGAGUUUCUACUCAGAAGUGGGCAAUGAGAAAAUGGAAAGAAGAACUGCAGCGCAGCAGAAAACCCAUCCAAGUCUGACCUGGAUCAUUUAUUUCCAGAUCAGUGAGACUUCUAUGCUCUAAAGUAGAGCUUUAGUGACUCUUAUAAUGUCCACAGGGCUCAGUUUAAGCCCCUUUAUUAGUGUAAUGUCUUUUAUCAUAACACUAUUUUUCACUUGCAUCAGAUGCACAUCAAUCAAUCUGAUGGACCUAUAGACGGCAUUCACUGGUGGAUGCCACAGAACUUUCUGCAAGACAUGAACUGAUGCAUUUUUAUAAUUUUGUCACAUUAAAAGGUUUUAAGUCAUGCUUCCAAAAAUUAAGGCUUAAAAGAGCAAAAAAGUCGUGGCAUUAAAUGUUGCAUGAAGUGCUCAGUAUUUUUAUCUUGUUUAAGUACUAAUAUCUAAACAUCCUGAAAUCAAGAUAUGAAGUCUUGCUUCUUUAAAGAAGUUUCUCAAUAUGAAGAGAGUUUAAGGGGAAUAAAAACUGGUUUUCUCUUUGAAUUUGAAGUUGAUUUUUAUCUGUUGGACUUGUAUUUUCAUGCUGUUGCUAAUAUUGUGUUUGUAUAUUGUAUUCAGUUUUCUUUAAUUGCUCUCAGAAAAGUCUUAAAGUCUUACAUUUGCAUUCAUAAAACUUGCCGAAACCCUGAUAUACAAGAUUUUACCAUUAUUUGAGGGAAAGAACUAAUGUUUAUGACACGAUUUGUGUCAGAUUUUUCAAUGCUAUUGAAAUGUGAGUUCGGGGAGUAGUUUUAGAGAGUACUUCAGUAUUUGGAGCUGUA